UGGUAAAAAAAAACCAAAGCUAUAUGCAAAGUUAUAAAGUUCUUGGAAAUACAAUACAAUACACUACUCACUGCUUUCUCUUUUUCUUUUCUGCACAAAACCAAUUCUAUCUAGUUUACUCUCAUCUGUAAUAUUUGUAUAUAUUGAGUGAGUGAGUGAGUUAUCUUAUACCUAUACUUGUGAUGAUGAAAGGUGAAGCUUCACAAUCUCAGAAUAAUAAUAAGAAAUUAUUAUCUGCUGCUGAUCGUUAUAUAGACACUCUGUUCUCUUGGUCUCUUGAAGAUGUUUUCAAUGAAAAUCUUUUCAUCAACAAGAUUGAAAGGAUUCCCGACUCAUUUCAAUCAGUCAAGCAUUAUUUGGGGUCUUAUGUGAACCCUUUAUUGGAAGAAACACGAGCCGAACUGCACUCAACCAUGGAAAUCCUAUAUGGAGCGCCUUUCGCUGAGGUAACAGCUUUCGAAGAAGCUAAACCAUAUGGGAAGAACAAGUAUAAACUUGGAGUUAAUGACUGGAGAAACAAACACAGCAAAGGUGGCAAGGAGCCUUACAGGACUUUGCCUGGAGAUUAUUUUGUCUUAGCAAAUGGCAAACCAGAAACUGUUUAUGAUCUCCAAAGGGUAGGAAGAUCUUGGUCUUUUCUAUCACUCAUUGAUCUCAUUGGGGAUGAUAGUACGACAUUCACAGUGAAGUCAUCAGCAGAGCUUAGACAUGAUAUUCAUAAGAAGCCACUGUUCAUCGUUUUCUUGGCAAAUUUGACCCCUCUCAAAAGAAUAUGGGAAGCACUGCACAUGUCGUGCAAUGUGGAGUUUCUAGAUAAAGUUCUAUGCAUUGAUUCUGAGGCUAAGAGAGAGUACUGCGAUGGCUGUUUCAGAUUAAGUAAUGGAAUAUGGGAUGAAAAAUUGGUUAAGAAGUUACCUUUUGAGCUGAAUAUGUCCCAGACCAAAGCAGCUCUCUCUUGUCUUCAUAUGAUCGAUUGCAGGAGAAGAUCUUCUUUGGAACUUAUAUGGGGUCCCCCGGGGACAGGGAAAACGAAAACUACCAGUACUCUUCUUGUCACCCUAUUGAGAAUGAACUAUAAAACUCUUGUGUGUGCUCCCACGAAUGUUGCAAUUACUGAAGUAGCAUCUCGUGUUCUGAAGAUGGUAUUGGAUACAUGUGGUGAUGGCCCGUUCUGUUCAUUGGGAAAUAUUCUUCUUUUUGGCACUAAGGAGAGACUGAACAUUGGUUCAGAUCUGAAAGUUAUAUACAUGGAUGACCGAGUUGAAAAGCUUGAAAAGUGCUUCAGAUCAUUUGGUUGGAGAUAUAGCUUGACUUCCAUGAUAGAUCUUCUUGAAAAUUCUGUUUCUCAGUACAAUAACAUUUUGGAAAGUGAGUCAACCAAAGACAGAAAUGGUUGUGAAGUUGGCAAGAAAAAAGUUCCAGCAUUUCUUCAGUAUGUGAGAGAAACAUUUAACAUGACUUUUUCAGAACUCAAAGAGUACUUCUCUAUCAUCUGUACACAUACAGCGAAAAACUACAUUUCAGGGAAACUAUUUCAGCAUAUGGUCUCCCUUGUUGGCUCGCUUGUUUCUUUUCAGUCAUUGCUAUGCAAAGAGAGAGUGGUUUCUGAAGUAGUGGAAAAGCUAUUUUCUUGUGCAGAAGUAAAUGAUGCUGAUGAUAUAUCAUUGAGGCUCAGUAUGAAGAGAAAGGAAUGUGUUUCAAGUAUGAGAACUCUUCGCGAUUCCCUUAACAGGCUCGACUUUUCUUGGAUUAAGGAUGAAAAAACAAUAAAGAGAUUCUGUUUGGAAAAUGCUUCACUAAUUCUUUGUACUGUAUCAAGUUCUUAUAAGCUGCAUAGUUUGAGAAUUAAGCCAGGGAUUUUGAUCAUUGAUGAAGCUGCACAACUGAAGGAGUGUGAAUCAACCAUACCUCUUCAACUUCCUGGUGUAAAGCAUGCUAUUCUUGUUGGUGAUGAAUGGCAAUUACCAGCAACUGUCAAAAGCAAAGUUUCUGAGAAAGCUGGCUUCGGAAGAAGUUUGUUUGAAAGGCUGAGUUCACAAAAUCAUCCAAAGCAACUCCUUAAUAUGCAAUACAGAAUGCAUCCAUCAAUAAGCAUGUUCCCAAAUUCACUGUUCUAUCGUAGCCAGCUAUUGGAUGCUGCUAGUGUUAAGAUGAAAAGCUAUGAAAGGAGUUAUCUUCCAGGUCCAAUGUUUGGUUCAUAUUCUUUUAUAAAUAUAAUUGGUGGAAGAGAGCAGAAGGAUGGCGAUGGACGCAGUCGAAAAAAUUUGGUUGAGGUAGCUGUUAUCAUGAGAAUACUACAAAAAUUGUACCAAGCCUGGUUUAAGUCCAAAUAUGAGCUCAGUAUCGGUAUUGUGUCUCCAUAUGCUGCUCAAGUGGUUGAAAUUCAAACCCAACUUGGGUUUAGGUACAAUGAAAAGAAUGGCUUUCAAGUAAAGGUGAAGACAAUUGAUGGCUUUCAGGGUGGGGAAGAGGACAUAAUAAUAAUGUCUACUGUACGCUGCAGUGGUUCUCAUUCAUUGGAUUUCAUAUCCAAACCACAGAGAAUUAAUGUUGCUCUAACAAGGGCUAGGCACUGCCUCUGGAUUUUGGGUGAGGAAAGAACUCUAGUUAAGAGUCUUACUGUUUGGACACCUAUUGUCAUUGAUGCAAAAAAUAGAAAAUGCUUCUUUAAUGCUGACAGAGAUGAUGAUUUGGCCAAGGCUAUAACAGAGGUCAAGAAAGAGUCCGGUCAAUUUGAUGAUAUGAUCCAUAAUGAUGGUAUACUUUUCAAGCGUUCAAAGUGGAAGGUUUUUUUCAGUGAAAAAUUUCUAAAGACAUUCAAAAACCUUGAAGUAGUUGAAGCAAAGAAACCAGUUAUUAAACUUUUACUUAAGCUUUCUGAUGGCUGGAGACCAAAAGGGUCUAGUGUAUCACUCUGUGCAAAUUCUUUGCAAAUUAUGAGUCAUAAGGUUGAAGGUUUUUAUGUGGUCAGCACUGUUGGCAUAGCAAAAGAGCAUUCAGAAUACAUACAAGUUUUGAAGAUCUGGGACUUGUUGCCUUAUCAAGAAAUUCCAACGUUAAAAAACCAGCUUGAUAUUGUUUUUGACAAGUACACAGAAGAAUUCAUCAACAAUUGCAAUGAAAGGUGCUUGGAAGGAAAAUUGGAUAUACCAAAGAGCUGGCCGCUCUCUUCGAACAUUGGUUGGUUUGAGGAUCUCCAUAUGAUGCCAAUGAAAUUCUACUCCCUAUCAAAUUGUGUAGUGAAUCACAUGCUAUCUGACCGCGAUGGUAGAGAACUGGAUCUCCCUUUUGAAGUACCAGACCAAGAAAGAGAGAUCAUCCUUUUCCCUACAAGUACAUUUGUAUUGGGACGGUCAGGUACUGGAAAAACUACUGUUUUAUCAAUGAAGUUGUUCCAAAAAGAAUAUAUGCAUCGCCUGAAAAUGGAAGGACUUUAUGGAGCGCAAAGAAAUAGGAUUCGAAAUGUUGAUAAAAAGAAUGUUGUUUUACGCCAGCUUUUUGUGACAGCAACUCCUAAGCUUUGUGAUACUGUCAAGCAAUGCAUUUCCUACUUGAGAAGUGGUAGUCCUUCAGCUGAAAGUGGUCUGAUUGAUGAGGAGAAUAUUGAUAAUGAAGACUCAGGAUUAAAUAACAUCCCAGACUCCUUUCAUGGCAUUCCCCUUAAUUCAUAUCCUCUUGUCAUAACAUUCCAUAAGUUCUUGAUGAUGCUUGAUGGAACACUGAGAAAAUCUUAUUUCCAAAGAUUCCUUGAUAUAGAUAAAGUUUCUCAAAGUCAAAUACCCAAGUCAAGUUCAAAUAUAUUUCAUUCCUUGUUAAGGACCAAGGAAGUGGAUUAUAAGAGAUUUUGUUCACAGUAUUGGCCUUCUUUUGAUUCCCAAUUAACGAAAAAGCUUGAUCCUUCUUGUGUCUUUACUCAGAUAGUUUCUCAUAUCAAAGGCAGCCUGCAAGCCUUGGAAACAAAUGAUGGUAAACUCACAAGGAAGAACUAUGUUAUGUUGUCAAAUGGAUGUGGCUCUAGUUUAAGGACGAAGGAAAGAGAGAUGGUAUAUGAUAUAUUUCAGAUUUAUGAAAAACUGAAGUUGGAAAGUGGUGAAUUUGAUUUGGCUGAUUUUGUAAAUGAUCUUCAUUUUCGACUCAGACAACAAGGAUAUGGUGGUGAAAAAAUGAAUUUUGUCUAUAUUGAUGAGGUGCAAGACCUCACAAUGAGUCAAGUUGCUUUGUUCAAGCAUGUAUGCAGUAACUUGGAGGAGGGUUUUGUUUUCUCUGGAGAUGUUGCAAAACCAGCUGCUGGGGGAAUCGGUUGCAGGAUUCAAGAUAUGCGAUCUGUUAUUUGUAACAAGUUUUUUUUGAAGCAGCCCAUGAUGAACAUGAAAGGAAAAGGAGGACAUAUCACCAACAUGUUUAGUUUGACUCGAAACUUUCGUAGCCAUGGUGGUAUUCUAAAACUAUCAGAAAGCGUUAUUGAACUGAUGUAUCAUUUCUUCCCUCUAUCUAUUGAUAUUAUUGAUCAUGACACCUAUAUGGUCCCUGGUGAGGCUCCAAUUUUACUUCAAUCUGAGAAGAGUGAAAAUGCAAUCAUAAAACUUUUUGGGAAAGGUGAGAGCUUAAGCAAAAAUGUCAAUGGUUUUGGUGCGGAGCAGGCAAUUUUGGUCAGAGAUGAAACCGCUCGACAAAGUAUACAGGACAUUGUUGGAAAGCAAGCUCUUAUCAUAACAAUACUUGAAUGCAAGGACUUAGAGUUUCAGGAUGUACUGUUGUACAACUUUUUUGGAUCGUCCCCUCUUAGACUGCAGUGGAGUCUUAUAUAUAAAUACAUGAAUGAGCAAGAUCUGUUAGACUCCACAUCACUGCAUUUUCCUCUUUUCAACGAGAGCAAACACAGGAUUUUGUUGGCUGAGCUGAAACAAUUACAUGCUGCCAUUUCUUGCACAAAGAAUAGGCUGUGGAUUUGUGAUGACACAGAAUUUUCCAAACCUAUGUUUGACUAUUGGAUGAAGAAGAGCCUUGUGCAAGUUCAGCAGCUGGACGAUUCACUUGCUCUGUCAAUGCCAGUCCCAAGCAGUCCACAAGAGUGGAAAUCGAGGGGUCUAAAGAUAUACCAUGCACACAUCUAUGAAAUGGCUACACUUUGCUUUGAAAAAGCACAUGACACACUUUGGAAAAGGAAGUCCAAAAGCUCAGCUGCUCCUUCAAUGGCGACAGACAACUCUCCUUCUUCAGUUAGCCAACAAACCCCAAUCUCUUCCCCCAUUACUGCUCCCACUGAAGACCCUACCUCUUCUUUUUCUCCACAGCUCAGUUUUCCUUCUCUCAACCCGUCUUUUACUGUCAAACUUGAUUCUGAGAAUUACAUGAUUUGGAAAAAUCAAAUACUCAAUGUGGUUAUGGCUCAAGGUUUGGAAGACUAUCUUGAUGGUUCUAUCUCGGAGCCUGUUCGUUUUCUUGACCCACCCCUCAAUACUUUCCCUAACCCUCUUUACAAUACCUGGCAACGAUGCAAUCGCCUCCUCAUGUCUUGGCUUUAUGCAUCCCUCACUGAUGAUAUGCUUGCUCACAUUGUCUCUUACACUACUGCUGCCGAAAUCUGGGUUUCCUUGGCUGAAUAUUUCGAGGCGGUCACCAUGGCUCACCUCGGCGAUCUUCGCACUGCUUUGCAAAGCCUCAAGAAGAACAACCUAUCGAUUACUGCUUACAUUCAGAAAUUGAAGACCAUCUGCAAUCGCCUUGCUGCGAUUGGUGAGCCAGUAUCCCGUAACGACCAUAUUAUUGCCCUUCUUGGUGGUCUUGGUAGGGAUUAUAACCCAUUUGUUACUUCCUUUAAAAUGCGUACUGAUAAACCCUCUCUUGCAACUAUUCAUAGUCUUCUCAUUAGUUUUGAUGCCAUGCUCCAAUCUCAAAAUGCCCUUGAUCAGUUGGAUCUGACUCACGCACAUCUCACCCAUACCAAUCGUCCUAAACGCCCAUUUUAUUCCCCCAAACCCCCUGCUUCUACACCGCCCUCUUCUCCUUUUGUUCCUCGCUCCCCUGCCCUAGCUGCGGGUGUCUUGGGCAAACCUCCUGGCCCUCCUGAUGCCUGGCGUCCCUCUCACCCAUCGUCUACUCAACCCCAAUGUCAGAUUUGUGGCAACUUUGGCCAUACUGCUCUGGUGUGCUACCACCGAGCCAAUUUUUCUUACCAACCAUCUCCUUCCCCAACUAAUCUCAAUACAUUUCUUCCCUCCUCUGAGUACUAUACAUUACCACAGCCUCCCACCCCAUCUGCCCUGGUUUCAUCUAAGUCGCCUCACUACAAGAAUAAAGGCUAUUUGCGACGGACAUGGGAGUCCGCCGCUAAUAAUAAUUUCAUUGCUGGUUUAGCUUCUGAGUUUGCUAUCAAAGAUUUGGGCGACUUACACUAUUUCUUGGGCAUUGAAGUCUAUCGUGAUCCUACUGGUCUUCAUCUCAGUCAGUCCAAAUAUAUUUUGGAUCUUCUUGCCCGGGCUGCCUUCUCCGACUCGAAACCAGCUGCUACCCCCAUGUCAACUGCUCACGUUCUUUCUCUCCACUCUGGGGUACCUCUUCCUGAUGGUUCUGAGUAUCGUUCUAUUGUCGGAGCACUCCAAUAUUGCAUCUCAACCAGACCUGAUAUUGCUUUUAGUGUUAACAAGGCUUGUCAGUUUAUGCACUCUCCUACGGAUUCCCACUGGCUCGCUGUCAAGCGUAUUCUCCGUUAUCUGUCUGGCACUGUUGACUAUGGUUUGUCCUAUCAACUCAAGCAGCGUGUUGUUUCUCGUUCUAGUACUGAGUCUGAGUAUAGUAGCCUUGUAAAUGGUACGGCUGAACUCCUGUGGCUUCGAUCUUUGUUUUCUGAUUUGCGUUACACGCUUCCUUCUUCCCCCACCCUCCUUUGUGACAAUAUUGGUGCCAUUUACCUCAGCUUGAAUCCUGUUUUUCAUUCACGAACCAAACAUGUCGAGCUCGAUUACCACUUUGUGCGUGAAAAGGUUGCUGAUAAGUCCCUCAUUAUUCGCUACACGCCUUCUGCUGAGCAGCUAGCUGAUGCUCUCACUAAGCCCCUUGCUACUCCUCAAUUUAUACAAUUUCUCAUUCUCUUCUCUGAUCUUCACACUACAGCUGACCGUAUGCGUGCUUCCAAUCCUGAAGUAGCUAAAUCUCUCUUUCGAGAAGCUGCUGAGAUAUUCCAAACGGUGGGAAAGUUUGAUUCCCAUGCUCUUGCUUUUGGUGCAGGCAUAAUUUAUUUGGACAAGUUUGGCGAGUUUGGGUUGCAGAGAGCUGGGGAAUGCUUCUCCCUGGCAGGUCAUUACCAGCAAGCUGCUGAUGCCUAUGCCAAGGGAAAUUUGUUCUCAGAGUGUCUGAAAGUCUGUGCCAAAGGACUCUUAUUUGAAAAGAGUUUGGAAUACAUACAAUCCUGGAAACAGCAAGUCAAACAAGGCUUUGGUGUGACUGGUAGAGGCACAGAAAUAGAAAAAACUAAACAAGAAUUCUUGGAGAGUUGUGCUCUGUACUAUUAUAAGCUUGAAAACAAAAAAUCUAUGAUGAGAUUUGUUGAAGCUUUUAAUUCCAUGAAUUCAAUCCGUAAGUUCUUGCGGUCAUUGGGUUGUUUUGAUGAGCUUAUGUCAUUGGAAGAAAGAUCAGGAAAUUUUGUGGAAGCUGCAGAAAUUGCAAAGCUCAGAGGAGAUAUACUAGCUGCAAUAGAUCUUUUUGAGAAAGCUGGGAAAUUUAAAGAAGCAGCAACACUUAUUCUUUCCCAUGUUCUUUCCAACUCACUCUGGUCAUCUGGUAAACAAAAUGAUAGUCUUCUUCUAACAAAAGCCAAGUCACUUGCCAUGAAUGAGACAAAAGAUUUCUAUGAUUUUGUUUGCACAGAAGCUGAUAUUAUUGCAAAUAAGAAGAGUGUCCUUGCAGUGAGAAAAUAUGAAAUGAUUGCUUCUCAAAGACAUAAGAGUGUCAGAGGAGAAAUCCUAUCUGUUUGGAGAGUUCUUGAUGCUCAUCUUGAUACAAAGGUCAUAGAGUAUAUCUGGGAAGUACAUGAUGAUCAUCUGUUGCAUUCACAACAUCACAUGAUUUCUAAAAUCUAUGUUACAGUUGAGUCACUAGUCUAUUUUUGGAAUUUCUGGAAGGAUAAAAUUCUUAGAAUUUUUGAAUAUCUUGGAAGUCUACAGACUAGGGUUGUUGAUGAAUUCACAAGUUAUGGAGAGUUAUGUUUGGAAUAUUUAGGUGUUUUGAAGCAGCGUCACAAUUCGGUCACAAACUAUGUCUUGCUCCACUCUGAUGCUCAUUGGGCUAGAAAUGUGGAGCAAAUAUAUGAUCGAAGUAAUGGAAAUUUAGUACUUUAUAUUGAUGUUGACCAAUUUGUAUCUGCUGCUCAGGCUUAUUGGUCUUCAGAAGUACUCUCUGUUGGUUUUAAGGUUCUGCACAUUCUAGAAGCCAUCCAUACCUUUGUGUCUGAUAAAUAUGAUUCCUUUUCUAGGAAAUGGAGGACUCUUAAUCUUAUCAAUGAGGUUGCACAAUUUCUUUUAGAGUCCAAAAAUCUGAAUAGAACAUGUCAAAAUUCAGAUGAUCUCAAGAAAUUGAUAAGAUUGUCAACUGAUUUUUCAGGACACAUAUUCCCUUUAGAUUGGCAGAAAUCAAUGGCAGAGAACCUUGUUUCUUUCAGAGGAACGGAUGUUUGUAAUAAGUUUCUGAAACAAAUGAUUGUUGAACACUGCAACUCGAGGAAUAGUCUGACUCACAGGCAAAUUGGAAACAUAGCAGUGUUCAUUCUUGGCUCUAGCAGGCUCAAUGAUGAACUAUUUGAGAUGAUUAUGAAAAGGAUGAACCAGAACCUGCCAUGGAAGGCAUUCUUUGAGCUUCUGCACAGAUCAAGAAGAUCAUACUUUCCAAACUCAUCUAUGAUUUGUAGCUUUUAUGGAGUUUUGGUGGAUGCAUACAAUGCAAAAUGUAAGAGAGAAUGUGACCCAAUAUCUCCUGGUUUUUUCUUGUAUCUUGUUGAACGUUUUGUGAUUUGGUCAUCUUCAUAUAAGGGCUACUUCAUUACAACAAAAUCAGCCUUUGUUGAAUGGCUCAUCUAUGAAGAGAUUGAUACCAUGACCAAGUCAAGUUCCAAUACCUCAGUUGGUUUUCAACUCUCAUAUCUAGAACUACUUCAGUUUGUGAUCAAUGUUUUCAAGGAAUGCCUUUACGACGAGCAGUAUAUGAUUGAUUGGAUCGACACAUCUCCCUCAAGAGAUAACAAGUCCUAUUCAUUACUUGUGUCUAGAAUGGUUUUGAUAAUUUGUUUGCUUCAUGCGAAUUUCGGGAUGAGUUCAGAUUUACUUUCUGAUUUGCUGGGAAUGACUAGAAUCACUAAACACUUGCCUGUAAAAUUUUGUGUUGCUCUCAUGUCAUAUUUAGAUAGCUUAGAUCUAAAUGUACUCGCCAAAGCAUUUGAGCAGAUUGGAAAUUCUAUUGGAAAUUUCAUAGCAGGGGAAAAUCCACCAAUGAAUUUAUGCUUUUGGGAAAUAUUUGAAGCCAUUAACUCUGAAGGAAAUGGAAGAGAUCAAGAUAAGCUUACAUCAAAUGCUCAAACAAUCAAGGUGGAAUUGGAAAAAUACAUUCCCCAACUCGAGGAAAAGAUCUCAUCUCGAGAUAUGGUCGACAUGGUAAAUGAACUGAAGCAACUUUCUGUAGCAUUGGAUGCCAAGUUAGUUUUGGUUUUUACUAUACUUUUUGUGUUUGUGAUGAGUUUCCUUUUCUCUAGUGUAUUUUAUUUUGGGGAGCUAUUCCUUUCUACUUCUGUUACCUUGUCAGGGACAUAUCUCUAGCGAAAGAACUUGCUAAGCAGGUGCAAUCAAGAAAACUAAGAAUGGAAGGUGUCUUGAAUAAGUUUUUUCACAAGCAUACCACAGAUUGUGAUCAUGAAGGUGUUAAAACCAGUACAUCUGAGAAAAUUAGCAAUUCAGACAAGGGUGAGCCCAAGGUUUCUGAAGGCAGUAACGAGUCGAAAAAUUCUGAACCUAGUGCAGCUCCGGAAAGUAAAGCAAAACCAAAAGAAAAGGAAGGUUGUCACAUUCUCUGAUGCAUGAUAUAUGUUGAGCUUGAGUAUAUAUGAACUCUGUAAUAUACAAAUUGUGUGGACAAGUUUCUCUUUUGAAAACAGUUCGAGGGUCUUGCUGAUUUUUUGAAUCUCAGCUGAAGCUAACUCAGAACUCAGAGGAAUCCAAGUAGUGGAACAUACUUAAAGAAUUGAUAUCAGAAGCUUUUGUGUGCACAUUUUUUUUUAUACAACGUUCUAAUCUCUUUGCUAGAGGUGUUCGGUCUGUUGUUGUUUUUCUUUACUUUCGAACCAAACCAAACCAAUCCAUGCAUCUACGUGCAGUUUAGUUUGGUUUGGAACCACCGUUUGGACCUAAUCUUGUAAUAUUAAU